GUCCCCGCCCCCUCAAUGAGAACAACCAACGGGGGCGUUGCCGGGGGGCGGGGCUGCGCUCGAGCUCGACCCAGUUUGAAAGUGAACCAACGGCUCCAGUCUCCGCUUCAGCCCCCAAACAACAACAACAAGACCCCGACAAGCGAGCCCCGAGCCCCGGUCACAGUCUGCUGCUGCGCCCGCCGCCGGCCCUCCAAACGAGCCGCCACCAUGAUGCGUAAAGACGUCAACAAGCCGAAGGGGAAGACGUCGGCGUACGCCUUCUUCGUGCAGACGUGUCGAGAGGAGCACCGGAAGAAGAACCCCGAGCAGUCGGUCAACUUCGCCGAGUUCUCCAAGAAGUGCUCCGAGAGGUGGAAGGCUCUGUCUCCCAGUGAUAAGAAGUGUUUUGAAGACAUGGCCAAAGCCGACAAGGUGCGCUACAACCGGGAGAUGAGAGACUACGUCCCCCCGAAAGGCUUCGGCAAGAGGGGCCGCAAGAGGAAAGACCCCAACGCCCCCAAGAGACCCCCGUCUGCGUUCUUCGUGUUCUGCAGCGAGUACCGGCCCAGCGUCAAGCAGCAGUUCCCGGGUCUGUCUAUAGGCGACUGCGCCAAGAAGCUGGGCGAGAUGUGGAGCAAGCUGUCCCAGUCCGAGAAGCAGCCCUACGAGGAGAAGGCCCAGAAGCUGCGGGAGAAGUACGACCAGGAAAUGCUGGCGUACCGCGGAGGAGGAACCUUCGCCCGGAACCCCGGCUCCUCGGCUCAGGGGGGAGAGGAGGAGGACGACGACGAGGGGGAGGACGACGAAGAGGAGGACGACGACGACGAGUAGAGAGGAAGAGCAGCUGAGAGAGAGAGAGAGACCCUGUGUGAGAGAGAGAGAGAGAGU